CAUCUCUGUUUAAUAUUUUAACCUCUAACUUCCUUUCUACCAGGAGUUCAUCAUCAGUAUAUUCUUACUUAUCUUAAAUUGAAGAACCAAAAAACAUGUAUACAUUUCCUCCCUGAGUGUAUCAGUGCAAAGACUAAGGGACUCAAGAACGAAGGAGCUACUCAGCUGCAGGAUUCAGGAACACGAUCGGAUAACCUCACGAAAUCAGAAGUGUUAAUAUUUCGAUAAAGGUUUUUUUAAGUCUGAGGAACUACAUGUAUACAGAUCUACUGAUAAAGGAUAUUAUUGGAUUAAAAUACAUGUACAAGGAAUGAGGUGAUGAAUGUAAAAGCGUCAUGCUCACUGAGCAGUUAAGUACCAAUGAUGAUCUUGUAGAAUCUUUAGACACAGAACCUGUUUUCGACUACCUCUUACAACAUGGCGUUCUAAACACAGAUGUUGUCGAUGGAAUUUGCCUUGAGGAAACUAAACUUGGACGUAACUCUGCCCUGCUUCAACAUCUUGACGACAAUGGGAACACAGCAAAGGCACUAUUUAUCAAUGCAUUACGACAGUCAGGCCAACACAAGCUGGCCAGUACCAUAGAUACUAGUCAAAGAAUUAAACCUGUUUAUGGAACUGGUUACUGGGAUAAACCACGUCAUAAAGGUGAAGUUAAGAUAAAAAUAUGUAUUAAAGCUUUAAAAUUACUGGUGCCAAAAACUGAUUCGCCGCCCAGUGUCAGCCGAAAAAACUGUGUGGCUUCAGCAACACCUCAACGAUUGCAUAAGUCCUACGAGAAUAUGCUAAUGUUAGAUAGUGGCGAUUUCUCGACAAGAUCAGUUAAAAUAUUAGAUUAUGCUUAUGACAAAGAGGAAGAAGAAGAAAAACUUGUUAAAAAAAGCUGCUGGUGUAUGUGCUUCCCAAUGUUUUGUCGUCCCAAACAUAAAAAGGAGAAAAAAUACGAGAAAAUGACUGAAAAGAAAAAAUCCAAAGCGAAGAAUAAAAACGUUAAAAAACAGAAAGCAUAUCCAGAAAGCAGACGGCAGUUAGAUUUUAGUGAAAAAAGUUCUGAAUAUAGAAAAUCCCCGGCACCGAACAACGAAAAUCCAAACCGUUCUCAUUACCCUAGAAGUGAUAUCACAUUAAGCACUACAACUUAUGAACAAAGACGUAAUAGUGGUAGUCCACGUAAAGAAAUUCAAACAGAUAUUGUGGGAUAUAAAAACAAUCGCAAUGAUUCCAGAACAUCGCGAAAUGUACGAGAUAAAGAAAAUGUGGCUCCAGUUAUUAUGCAAUAUGACAAUUUGAGUGAAACUGUUGAACUUCGACGACCAAGGGACGAAAAUAUUUCGCCACAUAAAGUCAAACAAACUCCCAAGCAGAAUAACACAAAUAAUAAUGGCACUUCUUCAACAGUAGAAAUGUGUGAAAAGUGGAAAUCUUCUGGUAAACUUUUUGAGGAAAAGCUUGUAGAAUUUUGUGCACUAUUUGAAUUGAAGGCCAUGCAGAAUGCUGUGACUAUGUAUUUCGAGCAAGAUCGUGGGACAUUAUUUUUUCAAACAGGAAAUGAUGGCGCCUCAGUUUUUAUUUGUAAUAUUUGUAUGUCCCGAAAACAAGUUGAGGUUUUGAAGAAGGAUUACAAUGACGGAAAAAUCCAAUCAGACCUACAAAAUAUAAUCUUAGCCAAUGACAUGCAAGUUCAGUUGGAUGUGUUGGGUAUGGAAAUUUCGACUGUGAUUGAUGAUGAUCAGUUUGCUAAUGCCAUGGAGGAAUUAUAAUACUCGGCAUUUUAUUUCUACCUUGAAAAUAUACUCCAAGUGUAAAUGACCUUAAUGGUAAAUAUAUAUUUUUAGAAAGAUAUUGUCCAGUGAAGAAAGAUGAAUUGAUUGCUGAGUGUUUUUGUACCAAUUUUCAAUAUGACUGUUAAAUGAAAAACUUUAUCAGAUUUAAAUUAUUAUUGGACAAAUAUUGUGUUAGUUAUUGAGAAGAAAAGUAGGAAAUGAAUUUAGGAUUUUGUGCAUAUAACUACAAGCGUGUUGUUUUUACAUGAGACUGUACGAAUACUUGUGGUAUUAUUAUUAUUAAUAAUACCUGAUUGCAUAAGGAAACACUUUUUAUUAUUUUAAAAUUAAACCUCUUGUUAACAUUGAUGGGAUAUUGUUGUAUGCAUGAGUUUAUCAUUAUUUAUUAAUCUACACAAUAAUAAAGAAAUAUUUUUGGCACUUUACCAAACCUUAUAUUUAGAAAAGUUGGAAUAUGUGAUUUAAUUUUGCAAUGGAGUAAAAUCUAUUGAUAAAUACAUACAUUAGACAGUAAUGUCUAAAACAUAUUUAUUUGUAAGUUAUGAUUAUUUUGCUGCAACAUAUCAAAUGUAUUUGUUUUUCAAGUGCUAUCUUAUUUAUUUUGUGCAAUACAUAACAAACAUCAGUGAAAGUGUGUAUUAUUUUAAUAUAUAUCUAUAAUUUAUGAUGUAGACCAUCUCUGUAUAGCAUAAUGUAGCAUAUACAUGUAUAAUAGUGUAUAUAUAAAUUAUUUGUUAUGUAUAAGUGUGUAGAUAAAUUUUGAUUUUACAUACUAUAGUAUCUACACAUGUAAAGAAUGUUAUGCCAAUAUUCUUCUUAUUAAACUUAAAUCAUUAGUGAUUUAUAAAGUUCUAAUGUUCUGUGCAUAAGUAUUGCAAGUGAAGUCAGCGUUCAGUUUUUAUCUAUUGCUAAAAACUAAAAGGCAAUUUUUAAGUUUGUUUUGUUUAAAGAUAAAUGUUAUUUUAAUCAGUAGUAUUUAAAAGAAUAAUCAGAUUUGAAUAAUUGCAAAUUAUUAAAGUAUAUACAGAAUAACCCUUAACUUUUCUUUGAUUUUUCAUAUUGCUGAUAGGUAAAAAAACAAAACUAUUCCAUAUGUAAGUAAAAUUUAUGUUGGCGAAAUGAAACUACAUUAUUUGUGCUAACGUUUUCACAACCGAAGUUGCUCUUCAGGCAUAUAUAUAUGUUGACAGGAAUAAUUCAAGUCGAGUUUUCUAGAAUUUACUUUUUGUAGUGGCAAGUUUUAGAGUAGACCAAUCUUAACUUUUUCUUCUAGACCUACUGUUUUAUGAAAUGUAAUUUAUGUGGUAAAUAAAUGGAAUACUAUGGCGAGGCCUUAUCUAUCAUUGCAUCAAACACCAAACCUUUACAACAACUGCUUCUCAAAAUUAUUGCAGUACAUACAAUUGGACACAGUGCAAGAAAAAUCUAAUCAAGAAAAGCACUUUGUAUAACUACUGAAUUCCUCACUUGUGAUAUAGCUUUUAGUGGCAGUGGUUAUCAUUUGAUUCAUAAACUUAAAGGGCCAGGAAUUACAACCUAUAAUUUCUGUAGAAAAUUGUCUGUUAAUAAUGUGCUCCACUUAAAAAAAAAAAAAAAAAAAAAAAACAACUAAAAACCAUGUUCUUGAGAAAAAUAAAUACCAUUAUGUUUUGUAUUUUGCAUUUUAAGCACUUCCUUUUUUAUUUUCUUAAGACUAGAAUAUAUUAUUUCCUUCUUCUUCUUAUUCUGAUGUUUCAUUUACCCAAAUGACAAAAGUACAGAAAAAAAAAAUAAAAGCACAAUAUGACAGUAUUUUAAUCAAUAACGCUUUAGAUAUGUAAUUACAAUUACAUUGCAUAUUUUUUAGUAAUUGUAAUAGAACCAUUUGUAGAUUUAUCUUCUUUCAUUUUGUUUUGUUUUAAUUUUUUUCAUUUCGCAGUCUUUGCAUUCCAAUUCAUUCUAUAAUAUACUGUAUUCCUUUAGACCAAACAUUUCGCUUUUUAUUUAAUCAACCCAUUUUGUAUGAUUAUAUAGGAUAACAAAUGAAAACAUUCAGAGAAUUUGGUAUGGACCAUUUCAUUCUUUCCACCAUCAAUAUCAAGGGAUACUAUUUAUGACAAUAUUUUAAAUCAUCACAUUUGUCCCUUGUUGAUAAUCUUAGGGAUUUGAAUAUACAACCAUAAUAUUAUUCAUAGUCCAGAUGGAUUGGCUGUUGACAAAUUAAACUGUUUAUUUACAUCCACUCAUGAAAAUGCUAUGGUUAAAUACAUAGCUAAAUCCUGGACAUAUUGUAUUUUCAUUUCUAAAUAAAUAUAUCAGAAUGUUUCAGAACAAUUUUCUUCUGUGUUAUGAUUUCAUUUCAAUAUUUUCCUUUGAGUGAAAUUCUAAUUUAUUUUGAUGUAGAAAAUGUUUUUGUGAAAAAUGAUAUAUAAAGAAGAUUUAUUUUAGUCUUGUUUCACCAAGAAGAGAGUGUGGCCUUCAAUUCAUGCAUCAUAAAAUAAUGCCAAAUCAA